AUGCCGAAGUCGGUGCAAGGUACUGCAGCAACCAGUGUUGGCGCACUGCCGGAAGCAGAACUUCUGCCUCACUCUUGCUUGGUUUGUGGCCUCGCGCCACUCAGCACACCGAAGAGAGCAGCGGCACACUACAACUUUUUCAUGUGUCUGGCUACCCUGGCUUUCGCUUUGUACAGCGAGUUGCCCAAGGUUUGGGUGACGGUGAUCUUGAUGUCGCAGUCGGUGGAGCCCGUGUCUGCCAUCGUUCGCGUGCCAAUUGUCGCCAUCAACGGCUUGUAUCUGCUCUGGUGCCUUCUGUUGGUUUCGCACCACCUCCUGUCCUGGUGCGGCUGCAGACGGGUGACUGCCCGCACCCAGCAGCCGAGCAUGCUCAGAGUGUCAGCCACUGUGUCGGCAUCGGAGGAUGCCGUGGUUCUGCAGUGGCAGCACCCAGCGGUGCCCAAAAAGGGCAUCGAGCCGGACGAGUUUCUUUGCGCUCUCUACAACCUUCAGGGCCAUGAUGCCGACAGGCCUAUCCGACUUCAGCGGGUGGCGGCCUCACAGGUUGACCCAGAGACUGGAGGGCUCCGGUGCUACUUUGGCGACCUUUGCCCGGGCACCGGCUAUGUGGUGGCGGUGACGGCGGCAUGGGGUGGCCUUGCGCUCGGCGAGCCAGCUCGACUCCCAUGCCGAACUUUACCGCACGUCUUGUCAGCGAUCCCUGACAACGUGAUCCUAAGGAAUUCUGGUCCUACUUGGGCGGAGAUCGCUUGGGAAGAGCCUUGCGAGCUUCUGCUGGAGCUCUCGAGCGAGGGCUGCCGGCGAACAGAGCUUGCGUCGCCUCCGGUGCAGCUGGAGGGGCUGAGGCCCAACACCGAGUAUGCUGUGGCAGUGAGCACACUCUUCAAUCGUCAGCCGGUGCCGAAGCUGUCCUUCGUGACGCCGCAGGAAGACUUGAGUUCUGGUGCGAUGACUUCCUUAACAGCUGCCAUGAAAGACUUGGGGAGCAUCAAAGAGUCUCUUGGUGCCAUCCAUGCCGGGGCGGCCAAUGCCGAGGUGAUCCGACACCUCGGGGCACUGCAGGACAGCUGGGCCUCGCUGCAGCUCUCCGGCGUCACUGAAGAGCUGAAGAAGCUCAUGGAUGCCAGUGACCAAAUGAAGAAGGACAUUUCCAUGGAGUUUAAGCCAGUGCUUUCAGAGCUGCAGGGCAUCCAUCAUACUCUCUCGACGCUGAUCUUCGUUUGUGGGUUCGAGGCCCACGGGGGAAUGGAUGCAUAUGUCCUAUGUGCCACUGAGGACGUCUUUGUGAUGAGACGCGGAAGGCUCCAGGCAAGAACGUCACCUGCAUUGUCGAAGCUUUUCCCCAUGCUCCGCCUGCAGGAGAACUGCGAUGAGCAAAUCGCGACUGUGUAUGGUUCUUGCCCUCGAAUUCGCUGCCUGCGCUUCAACAAGGAGCCGAUCUGUGGCAGUAUGCGGUGA